AUGUCUCAAUCAUCUUCAUUGUCCUUUGGUCCAUCAUGGAUGCGUCCAAGAUCGUCUAGACAAUCAUCUUCUGCAGAUAUUUCGGCCCAGCGUUCGAACUCAUCGAACUGGGGACGUAACUCUGACUUUCAGAAUCCACAGUCUGCUGCUGGAGAUGUAAAUGCUCCUCUUGAUUUCAACCAAUCCGCAAAAGUUGUUUAUAAGAAGAUUGAAAAGUCAUAUACGCUUGAUGAGUUGCUUCAAGUGUGGUCCACUCUUCAACAGAAGUUACAAUCUGUCGGGUUCGAGGAUAAGUAUCGAUCAUUGGAUCCAAUAAGAGAUUUGGUGAAUCAAGUUCAGCAUGAUGUUUCGCUUCAACAAAAGAAGAAUACGUCUAAUGUUGCGGAACUGGAGGCGAGAUUGGGUGAAAUUGACCAAUGGGCCCAAAGAGAGAACAACGGGCUGGAUUUUGCCAGUAUUUUAAGCGGUGUGAAGAGCCAAAGGGUACAAAGUCCUGCACCAGCUGCUGCAUUUGAAGCUAGGGCUGUUCCUUUGCAACGAGAAUCAUCAUUCAUGUCUGCUCAUAGCCCAUUAGUCUCUAGUGCAUCGUUCUUGAACACUCAACAACAGUACCUUCAACCGGCUGAUAUCAAAUGGGAGUAUUUAGAUCCCCAGGGUAACCUUCAGGGACCUUUUGAUGGUCAGAUGAUGGAGAACUGGUAUGAGGGUGGGUACUUAUUACCAACACUACAGUUGAAACGAGAAGGAUCGAAUUUCAUGACAUUACAAGAGUUUGUUGCAUCUGUUAAUAACUCCUUGACCCCAUUUUUGACUCCAUUGCCAAAGGCACAACCACAGACUUUGCAACCAACGCCACAUCGUUUCAACCAAGAGCAAGCCCAAAUACUCCAACAACAACCUCAACAACAACAGCAGCAACAGCAACAGCAGGAUUUCUCGGCCCUAGACUCUAGUAAUAUCUUUGGAAGUUCGCAAAGUUUCUUGCCACAAGUCCAAGCUGCUCAGCAGUCUGCCAUCUUUGGCUCUGGUCGUUCAUCUCCUUGGGCUCCUCAAUCUGCUCUUGGUACUCCAACUCUUAACGGUACCCAAGAUUUCGGUAUUGUCAACCAAUCUUCAUUCAUUUCUAACUUCAACGACAACGUUAGUGUGGCAGCUACUGCUAGUAGCAGUUUGGUCAAUGUCCAUGAACGUGACGACGAUAUCUUCAACCAAAUUCACUCUCAGGUUCUGAACAACGUUUUGACGGAUGAAACCACCAAUGUUUCCAUCACCCCAACAACCGAGUCAAAUGCCUCGCCGGUUGUUCCUGCUCCUUCCAUUGAUGGUUUACAUGUUGAUGAAGCUAUUUAUAAGACAGUCGAUGAUCCAGCUCCAAUUUCUGAUAUUCAACCACAACUUCAAAAUGUUCCUGUACAGAAAAGAGAUGCUAAGAAACAAGUGAAGGCUAAAGCUGUUGAAGUCAAAACUGAGAAGCCAGUUGCUGCUUCUAAACCGUCGGUUGCACCAUGGGCCAAGAAGGCAUCAGUCUCCAACGCUGAACCUCGUUUAACCCUGAGUGAGAUUCAAAAGUUGGAAGCUGAAAAGCAAGCUAAGAACCAAAAGAUCAAAGCUGAGCAGGAUAGAUUGGUUGCUGCUCAAUUGCUUGCUGAUGCUACAAACUCUUUGAAAGAGGCACAAGUCAGCAACAGCAAGACUUCCCUUCCAGCCACUGCAACUUGGGCUUCUGCAAAGAAGCCAGCUUCUACUCCAACAAAGUCGCUCUUGGACAUCCAACGUGAAGAACUCGCUGCUUCUGCUGCUGCCACAGCAGCUUCAUCGUUAUCUACGAGCUCUGGUGUCUCGAAAAUCGCUAAGCACCAGCCACCAAGUUUUGCAUCUGUUGCAAGUUCACCAUCUAAUGCUUGGACCACAGUCACUGCUAAGAAGCCAGUUGUAAAGCCAACUGCUCCACACACCACCAACCAAUCGAGCAAACAACUCACUCCAGACAUGCUACGUUCCAUCUCUGCUCCAGUGACUAGUACCACUGCUGGAAGACAACCAUCAUCCUCUAACAAGGCUGUUUCUCCACGUCAGGAGUUUUUGACAUGGUGUCGUUCCACUAUGAAAUUGCAUAAGGGCAUCCAAAUUGAUGGGAUCCUGGAACUUAUCCUAGAGCUUCCAUUUGGACCUGACUCGUCUGAAAUCAUUGCCGAUACCAUCUACUCUAACUCGUCCACGAUGGAUGGUAGAAGAUUUUCCCAAGAGUUCAUGAAACGUCGUAAAGCCGUUGAGACACAGGUCAACGAUGGAUUAUCAUGGACUGAUGCGCUUCACAUCAGUGCCAUUGACGAUGACGAUGGAUGGGAUUUCCAAGUUGUCAAGAAGAAAGGCAAGAGAAGAAACUAA